AUGGCAAACCUUGCUGCUCAUCAUCCAGCAGAAGUAGUUGCAGUGACAGUGACAGAAGAGAAGAGUCAGCUCAAACAAGAAGACAAUGGAACUAAACAGAUGGGUAAUCAAAAAGGGAUUCAAAUCAAAUUUGUAAUCCUUCCAUUAACCAUACUCUCUUUCCUUCUCUCUCUCCCAGUUCUGUUCUCAUUCAUAUGGCUUCUUUACAUUAAACAAUAUGACUGCGAAGAUCUGUUGAAGCUUCCAAAGCUACAAAUCGGUAUUGUCAUUGGAUUGAUCGCCGUGUUCUUGGUUAGCAACAUUGUUGUGUACAUGAGAGCUAAGGUUCCGGUCCCCGGACUUCUGUUAGUUAUGGUGCCACUGAUCAUGAUGCUCACUGUGGGACUUGGCCUUGUUGGAGCUUACAAUAUGGAAAGUCGAACAGUACCCGGUUCAUCGGUUUGGCUUAAAUCGAAAGUUCAUAAUGAAAUCAAUUGGUAUAAUAUCAAAUCUUGCUUGUAUCAUUCAAAAACAUGUGAGGAUUUGGUGUCUAGAUCACGUAAGCUCAAGGCUGAUGUCUACACUACUAGUAAAUUGUCCUACAUAGAGGCCGGUUGUUGCAGACCACCAGUUAGUUGUAACAUGGAAUACAUAAAUGCCACCUAUUGGAGGAAGGAAGAAGAAGAAGAAGAAUUGUUAUUAGAUAGCUCGAUUCCAUACAACAGAGAUUGUGAUUUGUGGACGAACAAAGAGAACGUACUAUGUUACAAUUGCAAUGCUUGUAGAGAAGGAUUUCUAAAAACAUUGCAAGGAAAAUGGUGGAAACUUGGGAUGUUCCUCGUCGUGAUGUCAUUUUUACUCAUUCUUUCACAUCUCCUCCUCUUUGUCAUCACAAUGUGGGAGCAGCAUGGAUGA